AUGUUUCAUAAUUGUCCUGUAAUUGGUGGUUUUUGGCGCCCCCUACUGGUUGCAUAUAAAUUCGGUGAGAAACCCAGAAUUCCACGCAGUCUGAUCAGCGCUCUGCUGUGGACACUGGGAGAAGAAGCUGUGGCUCACAGCACAUCGUUCCCAGCACAACUCAAGAUGGAUGAAUCAAACUUCACAGGAUUCAGUUCUAACAGCUCUUCCGCUGGAUUACCUCAGCACUCUUGGAAUCAACGCGGUCUGUUCCCUGCAGUGGUAUUAACUUUCUGCUAUCUACUUGGAGUUCCUGGAAACAUUGCUGUGAUUAUAUUCAAGCCUAACUGGGAGCAUCUGUCCAGAACGACCCAGAGUUUAAUGAUGAAUCUGACCAUUUCUGAUCUAAUGUGUCUGCUUACCCUUCCACUGUGGAUUUACAACUUACUCCUUGGAUGGACAUUCGGCCUUGUAGCCUGCAAAGUUCUAUCAUACAUUGUGUACUUUACAGUUUAUGUUAGCCAAAUGACUGUGACUGCGUUGAGCAUCCAGCGCUACAUUGUUGUUGUGCGUGAAUGGAAGUGCGAUAUACAAAAAGGUGUGCUGGUGUUUCUGCUUUGGCUGUCAGCUUUUACUUUGUGCAUCUAUGUUUUGGUGACUGAAGAACUAACGAAAGAAGGACAAUGGAUCCGCUGCAUACCCCGAUAUUCUUCUGAGGCACAGUGGCUUGCUGUGCUGUGCACAGAGAUCUUGUUUGGACUUGCUUCAUCUUCACUUGUCACAUUAUCAUACAUAUCUCUCAACAAAAAGGUUAGGAGUUCAGCCUUUUUUAACAAUCCACAGACAAGCAGGCUGCUUAUUAGCAUUAUUUUAAGCAAUUUUAUUAUGUUUUUUCCACUUCAUGUGGUCAAUAUGCUGGCUGUGUUAGGGAUAAUUCUUAAAAACAAGGAGCUCCUGAAGUUUUGUGUAGACAGUUGGAGUGUAGUCAAGUCAUUUACAAUGGCCAGUAGUACCGUAAAUCCACUCUUGUAUGCUUUUAUUUCUACUAAAUUCUGUCCUUGUUGCACAAAGAACUCACCCAAUACGGAUGAGGGCACCUGACAUUGCUACAAUUGCAGAACUUUGAUGACGAUAGUGACAAAUGUCACUUUUUCC